ACAUAUUUAAUUUAAGAUAAAAUUAUAUAUAUAAUUUUAUCUCUCGGACGACUUCUCUGGCUUCGAAAGCCAGUUUUGUUCUACGGAUUCAACAUGGAUUUUCUUCUUUUUGAUUUCGUUUUCAUAACCCUUUUGAUUUCUUUUCCACGUUCUUUCAUUUUUCCAGUUUUGCUUCCUCUCCAUGAUAGACAUUUCUCUUCUGAUAAAUUCUGCAGAGACUUAAUGGCCAAAUCACAGCACAUUCGUCACGCCUGGGAGAAGAUGCUUAUCAGCUUACGGAUGUGGGUGUGUUGCAGAUGUUUACAUCUACAUGCCUGGAGGAUAUCUUGCAAAGGGAAGGAAGGUUCGAUUCAUAAAGAUAUAAUUGCUGGACCUUUCAAUGGUGAAGGUGAUGAUUUUCUUUUUCAUGGGUUAGACUUCUCAGCUGAGAGCAGCGCUGUUGGGCAGGGAUUUUCAGAGGUUACUGUGGCUUCUGAGGGGAACGACGUAGAUGUUGUUGCAGAGUCUGCUUGCUCCCUUUCCACCGAGGUGCUCAACUCUGUACUCCAACGGCAGUUCCAGACUGUAACUUGUAUCCCCCAUUAGUGUCGACUAUCUUUUUCGGGAGCUUUGAAAUGCUGCCUUGACAAGGUUAUAUCCAAUCCAUAUAACGUGAAUGCCUGGAUACAGCUUAUUUUGCUCCCUAUUUGCAUGUUAGCACUUUACAGGCCCAAGAACGCAGCUGAGGUGAAAUCAGGUAAGCGUAAACGCCUUCAAGUGGCAGCUAUAAACAAUGCCUUAUCUGUUUGGAGGGAGCCCAACGGGUGUCAUGUUUUGGUAGACAAGAUGCUACAAACCCCAGUCCUGCAUAUGCAAACUGAUGAGAAGAAGCAAAGUUUGGCCAAUUUAACAUCGUGCUGAAGAAAAAUAAGUUGCGGCCAUUUUGGCGCUGCUAUUAGAGUGAUCUCUUCUGGUGGUGUGGCUCCUUGCAAUGAACAGACCUUUUUGGAAUUGCAAGAUAAGCCCCCUGUAGCGCCUCCUCCAGCUGUUCCUUGCGAUGAUAUUACUGCGGACCCAAUUAUUGUGGAUUGUCGAGCAGUCUUGGGGGCUGUUAAGAGUUUUCCUAAGGGUACAUCAUGUGGACGAGACGGUUUGCGGGCGCAACAUUUAGUUGAUGCGAUGAGUGGGGCUGCUGCUGCUGUCGCAGACAUCUUACUCGCUUCGAUUACAGGAGUUGUCAAUCUUUGGUUGGCUGGAAAAUGCCCUGCGGAGUUGGGAGAGUUCAUUGCUAGCGCGCCCUUAACACCGUUACUCAAGCCUGGAGGUGGUCUUCGGCCUAUUGCAGUUGGCACGGUUUGGCGCAGAUUGGUUUCUAAGGUGGCUGCAUUUUCUGUUGGGAAGGAUAUGAAUUCUUACUUAGGAGAUUACUAAUUUGGAGUUGGUGUUUCUGCCGUAGGGGAAAGUAUUUUACAUGCUGUAAAUAGUCUCCUUGAGUUGAAAGGUCACUCAGAAAAGAUGUCAAUGUUGCUUAUUGACUUCUCAAACGCGUUCAACAUGGUGAGCAGGUCUCAGCUCAUCAAGGAGGUUCGUCUUCAUUGUCCAGAGUUCAACAGGGUGACCCUCUCGGUCCCUUGUUGUUUGCUUUGACUCUUCACCCUCUAGUGAAGAAUAUUGCUUCUAGCUAUAAACUCGACUUGCACGCCUGGUACCUUGAUGAUGGUACAAUCAUUGGCGAUACGCUUGAGGUGUCUAAGGCUCUGCGUAUUAUUGAAACUGAAGGCCAGGUAGAGGUUUACAUCUCAAUGUUAAGAAAACGAAGUCUUUUGGCAUUCUAUUGAUCCCCGAAGUAUUGAUGAUGGUGUUUUCCCGCCUGAUAUUGGUAGACCGUCUAAUGGUGUUAAACUUUUGGGUGGUCCUGUGAGUUUGGAUUUGAACUUUAUUAGUGAUAUGCUGCUGAGUCGAGUGAACAAGAUUGUUCAACUUAUGACCGCCAUAAAAAAACUCAAGGAUCCUCAAAGCGAGAUGCUAUUACUUCGCAAUUGUACGAGUGUUUCUAGAUUAUAUUUUUCAUUGCACACUACCAAUCCUGCUGCCCUUCAGCAAGCUACUGAGAUCUUUGGCGAUCAUUUGCUCAAGUACUUGAGGCUCCUUAUCACUGGUGAUGGCUCAGGAUUUGGGCCUUUACAGCAAAGAUUAGCUACCUUGCCUAUCAAAUAUGGUGGCUUUGGUAUAUACAUCAUGGAAGACACCCAAGCCUAUUGUUACAUUGCUUCUCAGUGUCAGACGGCUUCAGUGCAAAAGGCGAUCCUUGGUGACCUUUUCCCAACAAACAAAGGUCAUGCUUAUAAGUUGGCUCUACAGAAUUUUAUUCAAGUAUGUGGAUUACCUUCUUCUUAUUGUGUUGAUGAUACUGCUCCCCCCUCCAUGCAUUCCCUGGGAGUUGCCUACUUUGAUGCAAUUAAGAAGAAAAUCUCAGGCCAGUUUUCUUUGUCUGCUAGAGAUUCCAUUUUAUGGCAGUGUAACCAAGUUAAGCAUGCUCAAGAUUAUUUAUUGGCAAAUCCUAUUAGUGGGCUUAAUCAAUGCCUCGGGCCGAGACAGUUCAGAGCUGUCCUUUGCUACCGAUUGGGUAUCCCUUUGUUUGUUGAGAAUAGUUCAUGCUCUAGCUGUAACAAGCCUAUGGAUAUUUAUGGAGAUCAUGCACUUCACUGUGCUAAGGAUGUUGGGGUUAAGUUUCGACAUGACUUUGUAUGUGAUAUAGUUGCUGACAUUUGUUACAAAGCUAGUGUACUUGCGCGCAAGGAAGUUUCUCUGGGGCUUCUGUCAGAUGACGACAAAGAUCUAAGGCCGGCUGAUAUCCUCGUCCUUAACUGGAAAAAUGGUAAGGAUGUUUGCAUGGAUGUUACAGGGGUUUCUCCCUUCACAGGUGAAGGUAUUCGCUCUUUUGUUCCUGGCAAAGCUAUUUCUAAUGUUGUUGCUCGAAAAUGCAUUAAAUACUUAGAUAAGUGUGUUUCACUUGGUUAUGGUCUUGGUGUUUUAGCUUUCUCUACCUUAGGGGAACUAGGUGAGGAUACUUUAUGUUUUUUUAAGCGUUUGAAGAACUGCUUAGUUAGUAAUGAUGCUAGUAGUGGUGUUGGUAGCUUUAUUUUUCAUAGAUUAGAUAUCGCUAUUCAAAAAGGUGUUGGAGCCCAGCUUGUCGCUAGGUUACCAACCAAAAGUAUGUAAUUUUCUUUCAAUAAGCAAAAUAGUUAAUUUUUUAUUA